CCGGAGCCCAUCUCCCUGCUGCAUUGGUCGACUUUGAUCGACCUGUGAUGGCUCCGGGGCCCGAAGCUGGGCAGGACCGCCCGGUGUGAACAAAAUUGCACCGCCCAGCUCUCGAGGCAACGAAUGCCCCAUCUCCGGGGAAUCCGUAGCAAUUCUGGCUCGAGGUCGUUUGGACCUGCUUUUCUUUGGGCGCGAGCUCGGCCCGUGCGCUGGAUCCACGCGGCCGUCCGAAGAAGAGCCGCGCGCUGCAUCAAGUAGGCAUGACGAUGUACGAGAUGACUGACAUGCAGUACCAGGCGGUGUACAACGUGCUGUCGUUCGCCCUGGCGAGCAUGAUGGCCACCACUGUGUACUUGUGGUUCCGGUCCUUUGCGGUGCAGGACAAGUAUCGGAGUGCUGUCCUGAUUUCUGGCCUGGUGACGUUCAUCGCAGCUUACCAUUACUUCCGAAUCUUCAACUCUUGGGUGGAGGCUUACAGCUACCCCGCGGGCAAGCUCGUCGACGGUGCCAUGGUCGUCGAGGGCCCGAAGCUGACGGGCGUGCCCUUCAACGAUGCAUACCGGUACAUGGACUGGCUCCUGACGGUGCCGUUGCUGUUGAUCGAGAUCCUCCUGGUCAUGAAUCUCGACGCCGAGACCUACAGCGAGAAGGCCAAGGCGCUGGGCCUGUCCUCGGCCCUGAUGAUCGUGAGCGGCUACUACGGGGAGCUGACGGUGAGCGGCAACCUCGCCCCGCGCUGGAUCUGCUGGUUCGUGUCCAUGCUGUUCUUCGUGUACAUCUGCAAGGAGCUGCUGAUCGGCUUGGCCGCGGCCACCGAGAGCGAGAGCGACGCGGAGAUCAAGGGCAAGAUACGGCUGGCUCAGGUGAUGACGGUGAUCAGUUGGUGCACCUACCCGGUCGUCUACCUGUUCCCGAUGUUCGGCAUCACCGCCGCGCAAGCCGUCGUCGGCAUCCAGAUUGGCUACUGCGUAUCAGACAUCAUCUCCAAGUGCGGCGUGGGCCUGGUGAUCUACCAGAUCACGUAUGCCAAGUCGAGCAAGGGCGCGCUGCUGGGCUGACCUGGAGCUGGACGGCCCGUGGCUCGCGCUCGGGGGCCAGCUCGCCCUGGAGUUUUUUUUCGCGCGGCUUUCCGCUCAGGUCUUCCGACCAAGCAUCGUGGCAGUUUUCUUGGUGAAGCCGCCGAGCCGUUUUUGGACGGCUUCCGUGAAGCCACCGAGCUGUUCUCGGCCGAGAGGGAUUUGUAAAGCGACGUACGUGCCCUUCGACGCGGCUUUCCGCUCAGGUCUUCCGACUAAGCAUCGUGGCAGUUUUCUUGGUGAAGCCACCGAGCCGUUUUUGGACGGCUUCCGUGAAGCCACCGAGCUGUUCUCGGCCGAGAGGGAUUUGUAAAGCGACGUACGUGCCCUUCGACGCGGCUUUCCGCUCAGGUCUUCCGACCAAGCAUCGUGGCAGUUUUCUUGGUGAAACCACCGAGCCGUUUUUGGACGGCUUCCGUGAAGCCACCGAGCUGUUCUCGGCCGAGAGGGAUUUGUAAAGCGACGUACGUGCCCUUCGACGCGGUUUUCCGCUCAGGUCUUCCGACC